AUGAGUGACGAAGAUGCCCUGUCCAAUAUCUACAAGAAGAUCGAGCGCGAGAAAGCCCUCAUCAAUGCCGCCAACUCGAUGCGACAGCAGACCAACAACGAUGAUGUAAGGUCCCGUCUCGACAGCCAGAUGCGGGAGGGACGACGGAAUCUUCAAUUCUUCGAGGAGAAGCUGCGCGACUUGCAGAUGAAGCGGCUCGGCCAGGGCGUCGACAGCAUGUCUCUCGGCUCUCCCACGUCCGGCGUGCCUGGGUCAUCACGACCCACUAGCGGUGAAAUGGGGUCUGAUCUCGAAGGGCCGCCGCUGCCUCCCCCCAAAGAUGCCGGCGGCUGGCCGGGAGACGAGGGCUCCUACGGUUCUCUAUCGUACGGUCAGAUCGGUGGUCACGGGGAUCUGAUGCCGCCGCGACACCCCUUUGCUCCUCCGGGGCCAUCGUCGAUACCGAGGCCGAGGCCCAACUUCACCAAGCUGGAUCUUAUAAAAUACGAUACCCAGUACCUCGGCCCUCGAAUUCAGCUCAUGCUAUCCCAGAUCCAGUUCAAGCUGAACGUCGAGGAACAGUAUCUCAAGGGUAUAGAAAAGAUGGUACAGCUCUACGGCAUGGAAGGGGAUCGCAAAAGCAAGGCGGACGCCGCGGCCAAGAGGAUCGAAAGCAAACAGAAGAUUCACCUCUUGAAGCAGGCACUCAAGAGAUACGAAGAGCUUCACAUUGACGACUUCGACUCUGCUGACUCUCCCGACGAUGACAGCAUCAAUAUGCCAAACCUACGCAAACCGCUGACGGGACAGCUUACCAUCCGGGUCAUCCAAGUUAAAGAUGUCGACCACGCGAGCACCGGGCGAUUCUCUCGGGGUCCGGAAACGCACGUCGCUAUCAAAGUCGAAGACAACGUUGUCGCGCGGACGAACCGUUCGCGCUCCGACCGGUGGGAGUCCGAAUACCACAACAUCGAGGUCGACAAAGCCAACGAGAUAGAACUUACGGUUUACGAUAAGAAUGGCGAGCAUUCCCUGCCAAUUGCCAUGCUUUGGGUGCGCAUAUCGGACAUCGUCGAAGAGAUGCGGCGAAAGAGGAUCGAGGCGGAAGUGAACAACUCUGGUUGGGUAUCUGCUGAUAGGAUGGGAGGACCUGGAGGCGUCCCUCCGCCUCAAUUCCCGAUGGAGAUACCACCGCAAUCGCCGUUCGGCGCCCCCCCAAUGUCUCCGGGCGGCUCGGGGCAGAACCAACAGUUCACGCCUCAAGCGGUCCCCCAAGUUACCUCUCAACCGAUCGAUGCGUGGUUCAACCUCGAGCCCACCGGCUCCAUCCACCUGUCCCUCAACUUCAUAAAACAGAGCAAGGACCGUAGGCCCGUCGACUUGGGGCUCGGCCGAAAGGGCGCCAUCCGUCAACGCAAAGAAGAGGUGCACGAGAUGUACGGUCACAAGUUCGUGCAGCACCAAUUCUACAACAUCAUGCGCUGCGCCCUCUGUGGCGAUUUCCUUAAAUAUUCCGCCGGGAUGCAAUGCGAGGACUGCAAAUACACGUGCCAUACGAAAUGUUACUCGAGCGUGGUCACCAAAUGCAUUAGCAAGAGCAAUGCUGAGACGGAUCCGGACGAGGAGAAGAUCAAUCACCGCAUCCCUCACAGGUUUGCGCCCUUCUCCAACGUCACGGCGAAUUGGUGUUGUCACUGCGGUUACAUACUGCCCUUCGGGAAGAAAAAUUGUAGGAAGUGUACCGAAUGCGGACUUACGGCUCACGCGCAAUGCGUUCAUCUUGUCCCCGAUUUCUGCGGUAUGAGUAUGGCUGUCGCUAACCAGAUACUUGAAGGGAUCAGAUCACAGAAACAGCGUCAGCAGAAGGCGACAUCGUUAAGCGAGAAGACGUUCAGGCCGGGCAAGAUAAGUCCGACAAGUCCAUCAAGCUCCGCGUCACCUUAUGGUGCCCCCUCUUACCAGCCCAGUGCCGCUUCCCAAGAGGCAACCGACGCGGCCAAAGCGAUGUAUGCUAGUCAGACUUCGCCUUCUCGACCGGCUCAUCCCGAUCGGACUUCGUCAGGUUCCAGUGCCGCCGCCGCCGCCGCCGCCACGGCUGCUAUGAGUAAUACCCUGGCUUCGCAGGCCGCGCGCCCCGGACAGAUUCCGGAUUAUUCUGCUGGCAGAGUAGGCAGCUUCGGGCCUGGGGAUAGCCAAGGCGAUUUGUACUCGGCUGGUCAAGGGUAUAACGUUCCUUCACAACCCAAGUACAACCCAGCAGCAUAUGCGAACAUAAGCAACUACCCUCCGAGCCAACCACAAGUCCCCCCGUCGCAACAACUUGCUCCGCAGCCACAAUCACCCACGUCACAGCUGCACCAGCACCAGAUGUACUCACCUGUGACACCCGUAUCGAAGCCGCAACCGGUUCAGGAGACUCCCUCUCUAUCCUCCGGCACCACCCUGCCACCUCCGGCAAGGAAACCUUUGCCCUCUGCUACCGAUCCGGGAACGGGUCAGCGCAUUGGCCUCGACCAUUUCAACUUCCUUGCCGUUCUCGGUAAGGGUAAUUUCGGAAAAGUCAUGUUGGCUGAAACCAAGAAGUCCCGGCGGCUCUACGCCAUCAAGGUCCUAAAGAAGGAGUUCAUUAUGGAGCACGACGAGGUCGAGAGCAUUCGAUCGGAGAAGAGGGUGUUUUUAAUUGCCAACAGGGAGCGCCAUCCAUUCCUAACUAACCUCCACGCCUGCUUCCAAACAGAGACGAGGGUGUACUUUGUCAUGGAGUAUAUCAGCGGUGGUGACCUGAUGCUUCAUAUCCAGCGCGGGCCAUUUGGCGCGAAGAGAGCACAGUUCUAUGCCGCCGAGGUUUGCUUGGCACUCAAGUAUUUCCACGAAAACGGAGUCAUCUAUCGCGAUCUCAAACUUGACAACAUUAUGCUCACUCUCGACGGACACCUCAAGAUCGCCGAUUACGGCCUGUGUAAGGAAGAUAUGUGGUAUGGCACCACGACGGGCACCUUCUGCGGCACUCCGGAGUUCAUGGCCCCCGAGAUUCUUCUAGACAAGAAGUACGGGAGAGCCGUGGAUUGGUGGGCUUUUGGAGUUCUGAUCUACCAAAUGCUCCUGCAGCAGUCCCCUUUCCGCGGUGAAGACGAGGACGAGAUAUACGACGCGAUCCUCGCCGACGAGCCGUUAUACCCUAUUCAUAUGCCCAGGGAGUCGGUCUCUAUUCUGCAGAAACUGCUCACCAGAGAUCCUGACCAACGACUCGGCAGCGGGCCGACUGAUGCUCAAGAGGUUAUGAGUCAACCCUUCUUCCGGAAUAUAAGCUGGGACGACAUCUAUCACAAGAGGGUGCAACCGCCAUUCUUGCCGGCGAUCAAGAAUGCUACGGAUACGAGCAACUUCGAUUCAGAAUUUACUAGCGUCACGCCGGUCCUAACACCGGUACAAUCAGUGCUUUCCCAGGCAAUGCAGGAGGAAUUCCGUGGAUUCUCGUACACGGCCGAUUUUGACUAA